AUGAGUCCCACGUCCAACAGAGGAGAUUCACCAGGUGGUGAUGAGGGGAUCUGGCACCCUGCUCUUGAGUGGCUAGAAGAAGAUGAACAGGAUGUCGACUAUACCCCCCACCCCGAACCCAAUCACGUCGAGGCAUGGGUGGACGAGAUGCCAAUCGAGGAUGAAGCAAUGGGCAUGGGGGUUACAGGAAACACCCGAAGCAUCAAUAUCGGCAAUGUCCAGAUCUUACUCCCACAUGAUGACGCCGCGGGCGAGGGCCACAUAGAUCAUUCUGCUCGGAUCCUUGAAAUACUUGCCAGCACCCAAGGAUUGCAAAACAUUCUUCGGGCCAAUGGCUGGCCCAUGCAAUUGCAAGAGGAGGGUGAAUUUGAAAGCGACGAUGAUUCCGAAAGCGACGAAGAUGACGCCGAUUAUGAGGAGCGCUUUAUGUCGCGAUACCGCGCAAGAGCCUACCGGACCAGACGGGGCAGGCCAACCAGGCCCCCAGCUGAACUACCCCCGGUGCCUAACCCCGAAGGGAAGAAACUGAUGAGCGAGGGUCACUUUGGCACUGACCAACAUUAUGUCGACCGCAAUAAGCAACGCAAAAAUGGAUUAGCCACAAACCUCAUGUGGCGAGAACUAGGUGUUGAUGUCCACGGGGUGCGAAAGCGAGCGAACCAGGCCAUUUCCCAGAGCUUGAUUCCAGGCUCUGUCGCAGAUAGAAUCAUUCAUUACGAUACACGAAGUUACUCCGGCCAAUUCUCGGAUGACGGAAACUUCUUCUUUUGCUGCGCACAGGAUUUCAAGGUUCGAAUGUACGACACUUCUAACCCCUAUGACUGGAAAUAUUACAAAACCGUCGAAUAUCCAUUUGGCCAAUGGACCAUCACCGAUGCAACCCUGAGCCCGGACAAUCGUUUCCUAGUGUACAGCUCAAUACGAAGCCAGGCAUAUAUGGCUCCGACGGACCCAGAGGAUGAUUCAGAUCCCACUGGUCUCGACUUUUCAACUAUGCCAGGUCAAUCGCGACGGGGAAGUUCACAUUUUGGAAUUUGGUCCCUUCGAUUCUCCGGAGAUGGCCGGGAGGUUGUCGCAGGCACGUCAGAAGACUCGGUCAUCGUUUAUGAUUUGGAGACGAAACAGCCAGUUCUGAAUCUGCGAGACCGACAUGGACAUCAUGUCAAUGCAGUUUGCUACGGUGAUACAUCAUCGCCGCAUAUCUUAUAUUCCGGAUCCGAUGACACAACCCUGCGAGUCUGGGAUCGCCGAUCUAUGGGCGAUGGACGUGAAGCCGGUGUCUUCCUGGGUCAUACUGAGGGUCUUACCUACGUCGAUAGCAAAGGCGAUGGUCGAUACGUCCUGUCCAACAGCAAAGACCAAACAAUGAAGCUUUGGGACUUGCGGAAGAUGAUGACAUCUUCCAGUGUAGAGAAUCUCGACCCAUAUGGGUACACGACUGGAUUUGACUACCGUUUUGAAUCGUACCCAGAGGAUUUCCGCAGAAACGCCCCAAGUGACUGCUCGGUUGUCACCUAUCGGGGCCAUCAUGUGCUCAAGACAUUGAUCCGAUGUCAUUUCUCGCCACCGGAUAGCACAAACUCACGCUAUGUGUACAGCGGAAGCGAGGAUGGUAAGGUCUAUGUCUACAACAUGGAUGCCACUCUAGCCGGCACGAUUGACGUCGGAGAAGCGACUGUCAACUCCCGGCCACGGGGGCCAGAUACUUACGCCACGGCUUAUGAGAUGGGUGGUGAAACGAUGUGGAGGACUUGUGUUCGAGAUGCCAGCUGGCACCCGAAUGCACCAGUUUUAGCAGGUGAGUACUAUCUCGUGUUUUUCAAGACCUUGCUAAUUCAGUGUAUAGCAACUUCCUGGAACGGCUGGGGCCUCUCCACUGGAACAUGUACCGUUCAUUCAUGGAACGAUGGCGCCAGCGCAGACGAAGGGUACCCGCCCUUGGGCAAGAGUUACGAUGACAAGUUGCGCUACGUCCCGGAGUUCAACGAUUACCGUGACAAUGCUCCCUUUGGUCGACCCCAGCGCCCAUUACGCAGUCGACCCGUUCGCCGGAUGGUUGACGAGGAUGCUGAUCCUGACGCAUGGUAG